AUGUUUCGUGCACGGCGGCUGGCGGUAUUACCGCACCGGUGCCACACACGACAACAAGAACAACAACAAUUGUUAUUAUUAUUAACAUCAUCAUCAUCAUCUUCAUCAUCUUCAUUAUCAUUAUCUCAACAGUGCCGUCACUAUACACCUAUUUGGCAGCCGGACCCUGCGGUCAAUCACGUGACAUCACUCCGAGAUGAGGAUGAAUGCCGUACAUUAUGGGGAUCCACAUCAUCAAAAACAAAAACAACAAAAACAAAAAGAAAAGGAGAAGAGGGAGAAGUAAUCACAGCAGCAACCGCAAAAGAAACUCUAUCACGAGCAGGAGUUCCCAUUCCAAACGUGGCUGCUGCUGUGGAAGCUUGGAUUCGCUUUGGGAAUGAUCCCGUACUUCAUACCGCUAUUCCUGUCAUGCAUGAGGGACAGUAUCUACCUCCAACCAUCCUAACAACAACAACAACAAGAACAACAUUAAGAGGAAAUGCCUUAAAGGGAGAAGGAGAUUCCACACUUCCACAAUCCACUUCACCCUUUGCAUAUGCAGAAGAUUACAUGGGAACAAAUAUGGUGUUUGGUUCACCAGAGCAUGUAAAGGAUAGUGUUACGGUGUGGGCCAAUUACUUUGAACGGCGUUACACCAAUCAACUUCGACAAUCUCGCCGUACAGUAGCGAAUCAUGUGGGUUUGGUAAAUGCACCGGAAGUCUUUACAGAUGAAGCGGAUCGUCCAGAAACAAAAUGGUCUCAAGAUACUUUUUUCCGUGAACGUGCAUACAUGGCAGAGAAGUUUUUAAAAGAAAAGGUUUCCAAUAUGCAACAGUUUGAACGUGUAUUGAAACGAUCAGGUGUAGAUGCUUAUAUAGCCUUUCAUGAUGCCUUACAACAACAAACACAAAUGUUGAUUCCACUUCCAUCGCCAAGUAUAUGGCACUAUGAAGGAGCCCGUCGUACACAAUGGGCAGAGAAAUUUAUUCCUCUUUCACAAGAAUCUUUACAAUUCUUUGAAGAAGUGCUUGCUGCGGAUUUGCAAAGAUUACACCGUACACCAGAGAAAAUUCUUCAAAGUGUGUCUGCUGUAUUUGCAGAAGUUGGUAAAGUGUUGGUGCGACGACAUCAUAGAUGUCUUAACGGGCGUACAUGGUCAAGUCUUACAUCAGAGGAAAAAGAUACAUUUUGUAUGAAGGAAGUAUGGCGUUGGCAACAACAAGUGAUAACAGGAGACUUUGACCCAAAAGGUGAAAUGGAAAACUCAACAGAAGAAUCCCCAGAAUGGCAAAGUGAACAUGAUACUAUUAUGCAACUUAUGAAUACUAAAAUAGAUGAUCUAAGUUUUACAGCAUUAGACUUUUGGAAACAUACAUUACGUUGUGAAGAGAUGGAAACAGAACAUAUUCAUACAGAGAAACGUAUACGUGAUAUCAGUGCAGCUGCAUGGAAGGCAUUAUAUGAUACCACACCUUUUGAAAUGAUAAUAAAUGGAAAGGUAGAAUCUAUUGCACGUGGACAACUAGAUAUGAGUGCAUCUGUAUUUAGACCUUAUAGUAAUGAUAUUUGGUGUCAAAUAAAUUAUGCAAAGUUUGGGGCUUCCACAAUUACACAACAUACCACCACUGCACGUAGACAAUUACUCUUUUUUCAUGCUGGCUCUUUAAAGGAAGUGGCAGCAACGGCAACUUUAUAUUAUGCCACUAAACCACUCAGUCAUUCUUUGGAUUACUCUUCUCCUUAUAAAUAUCGUCGAUCACUGGUUGGAUUAUGUACAACCUACGGUGUAGAUAUGGCUCAUGCUACUCAACGACCACUUCUUCUUAGUGCCGCCCAUCUCGCCCGUGCGGAGGAUUUAAUUCGAACAGUCGUCCUUCAAGCGGCUCGUCCAUUUGGUGAACGUCGACGGGCGGCAAUCAAACAACGCCGGACAAAUUAUCAACGACUUUUGGUGCCGGUAGAAAAGGUGGAAGUUUUCGCUGCAAGAGCGGCUACAUCAGAUUUACUCACAAAAGGGGCAGAUCCAGCAGAGACAUUGGAAGUGAAAAGAGAAAAAGUAAAUAUGUGGCCACUUGGAUCUAGACGAGCGAUAUCCUAUGAUUGGCAAACUUCACAUCUUGAAAAAUUAAAGAAAGCUAUGCCGGAUAUGGGAGUUCCCUUAACAGCUCAGCGUGUGAAAGAUAUAGAUGCUAUUAAACGAUCUGCUUUUUUGGAGAUUUCACUUUGGCGCCGAGUUACACCAGAAGAGAAGAAACAACGACGUGAACAGUUAGAGAAGGAAAAACAACAUGUAGAUGAACUUGUACGAACGAUUCCACAACUUGCACAGGUGCAAAAAUACGCUAAUUCUCUUUAUAACCGUAUUGAAGAGAAGGUAUUAUUGCCUAUUAAUAAUACUACUACUACUACUACUACUAAUAAUAAUAAUAAUAAUACGGACAAAAAGGAUAAUGUUAAUGUAAAGAAUGAUUCUGAUGAUGAUUCCAUGUGGGAGUUUGCUGUUAUGUUAGAUGAUCGUAUCGUUCUUAAUGUAGAACAGGAAGUAGAAUUAUAUCUUCCUUUCGCAGAUGCAAAUGGUGUACCACUUCCUCAAGGUGAGUAUCGGGUGCGGGUACGUGCAUAUGAUACAGAUAUAAAUCCCACACUCGAUCCCAUACGCUGUAGUGAAUCCUUCUCUACACCUUUGCAGGUAUUUGAUGCACUUCCGCAGCUUAUUGAGCAAUUCUUUUCUUCUUCCUCUUCUAAAUCAUCAUCUGCAUCAUCCAUAACGCAAAUUCCAGGAUCUAUGUUUAUUCCCUUCUGUGAGUUUCUGCGUGAGGCUGGUGUAGAAGUACCACUACGGUGUGAAUUUGAGGCUGGUCAAGCCCUUUCCUCUGGUGGAGAUGUAUACAUGGACUACUUUCUCCACCUUCUUCGUAGUAGUGGUAAUAGUAAUGGUGGUAUGAGUGCUGCGAUAGAUGAAGAUAUAUCAAUAGCGGAUAGUGAUUUAUUAGAGCCAUCGUGUGCGGCGCAUUGGGCAGUUCAUCAUCCGGGAGCAACAGCGGAGGAAUGGGCGGAGGCCCGACGUCGUGUGUUAACAAGAGCAUGGCGAGAAGAAAGAGAAUGGUGGUGGGAACUCAGUAAAGGAACAGCAAUCCCAUCAACAUCAACAUCAACAGGAAUGGGAAGAGGAAGAGGUGUGUUGGAUACCGCAGAUAUGGCAACAGCGAGUACAAAUAGUGGAAUGCGUGGUGGUCUCACUCUUCCUUCACUUCCCGCAGCUCGGCGAGAUGAAAUUCUGCGAGUGACUACACUUACAGCAACGGCGGAGUAUACAAAUAUGCGCAGUGGAAUUACAGCGGUGUGUGAUGUAGACGGUACAGGCGCCGCCGUAUCACUUCAACUCACCAACACGGACUAUAAUAAUCAUAAUCAUAAUAAUAAUAACAAUAAUGAUAAUAAUAAGAGAAAUAACAGUGAUAUGUGUGAUAUUGACGAUGCCCUCGCUACUGCACAGCAUGCUCUUCGAAGUGCACAAGACCGUCACAAUACACUCGCUGCCUUCCGUCUCGGUACACUUUCUAAACAAAGCCAAAUGCUUCUCUUCUGUGGUAUUAACGCCACAGAGUUUGCCGGUAAGUACGCCCGCACUUAUGCCUAUGCGUUUACAAAGGCAAAGAAGGAACUUGCAGAAGUGGCGUUGUCGGGUCGUGUUGUGCCUGGUGUGCGGGAUGGACCGGCAGGUAUUUCCGCAGAUGAGGAGCGUCUCUCAGAGCGGGAGAGUGUUGAUCGCUUUGCAUCUUCCACACAUCCCGAGCAGCGCAAGACACAGUUUGUUACACGUAUAGGACCAGGCGGUGUGCCGAUGGAAGAUCCCACACCGGAACAGAUGUCAGAUUGGGGUAGAUGA